CCCGAGUACACCCGCCAUGUCUGACAUUAAAGGUUUCACAACCUUGCCGAUAAUUCUCCCGCCAUCGAAUUCCACCUCGGUCAAGGCGUCGCCUGUGGUACACUAUGCGUUCUUUAAGAAGCACUCGGUGCCCAAUAGCAAUGACGCUGACCUAGCGGACAGAGCCGCCAGAUCGUUGUUCUUUGUGAAUUUACCUAGCGACGCCGGCUUCAACAACACCAAAAAAUUCUUCACAACGCUCGUUCCGGGUACCAUCAUCAGCUCGGUCUUGAAGAAGAAGUUGGGUGUACAGGAGGACUUCAUCAACUUCACCAAGCUCACUUCCGAGAUUGCUUCCGGUGAAGCUGAAAGCGGGAAGAACUUGGAAGAUAACUUGCCAAAUGGCACCGCAUUGGUCGAGUUUGUCGACAAGAAAAACAUGAACAAUUUUGUGGCGCAGCUCAAGGCGAUCAUACCAGCCCACGAUGCCGCAAAGGGGGAGAAUCAACUUUUCUGCUGGCCAGUGGACGAUGUGGUGGGCACCAAGAGGUACCAGCAGCGAUUGCACCAGGCUUACAUCACUGAGACCGAUAAGUUGCAGCAGUACAUCUCUCAGUCGUUGGUCAAUUUCACCCGUAAGGAAACCGCCGCUCAAGAGGCGCUACAGGCGCCUGUUAACUUGGUGGAUGAGGAUGGUUUCACAUUGGUUGUGUCGUCGCACCGCAAGACAAAGCAGGGGAUCUUGAACGCCGUCAAUGCUGCACAGUCAUCAAAGGUCCAGGAAGAGGUCAAGAACAAGUUGAAGAAGAAGGAGAAAGAGGACUUUUACCGCUACCAGAUCAGAGAAAAGAAGAAACGCGAGAUGCAGGACUUGUUGGAUAAAUUCAAGAGCGAUCAGGCGCGUGUGGAGGACAUGAAGUCUAGAAAGAGGUUCAGACCGUAUUAAACGGGGAACGUGUACAAUAGUAAUCAUUGCAUCAAAACGUGUAGGUUCAUUAAUAACUCCAGAGCAACAACCGAAUAUUUUC